GCGUCCGCGUUGAGAAAAGGAUUCCUUGGCGCUAUCCUUGGUGCUGAUCCCUCCUCCCUUCCCAAUUCUGCCAAGUUCGGGAAUUCUAAGGCUGGAAAGGAAGGGAGGAAAGGUUAGCAUAAUUUUCUGGGUUCAGUUUUCGCGGCCUUUGUCAGCCUUCCAAAAGCCCCUCUCCCCCAGCGCCAAAUUCGAGCUCCCAAAGGGAGUGCAGAUCGAGCGUCAGCUUUCCACGAAACUCCUUUCCGCGCCAGUGGUGGCGCUCUACUCGGUGAGAAAGAGCGACCGAGGCAGACGGAGAAGCACAGAGGGAGGCGGAUUUAUUCCAGCGCUAGUUUCCCGGAUCGUCUCCGCGGCCUUCGAUGGCCCUAUCUGCAGCCCGGAGAGCUUUGGAGGUCACAGGGCUAAAAGGGCUUCAUGGCUGAGCGAAGGAAGGGACGGACGUCAAGGGGCUGGAGCGGGAGAGCUUUCUAAUAACAGGGUGCGGAAUGGAGGCCGAUUAUCCCGCUUUUGAAAACCCGCUCUGCGGCGAGUUCAAGCACAUUUACCAAAGGAUCAAAGAGACUUAUAAGGAGAUCAAAGAGGAUCUCACCCCUUACAAGGAUGAUCGUUACUACAGACUAGCUCCAAUGCGAUUAUAUACUCUGUCCAAGCGCCACUUUGUUUUGGUCUUUGUAGUAUUCUUCAUUUGUUUUGGCUUGACAGUCUUAAUAGGCAUUGCAGGUCCCAAAGUCAUUGAAUGCAUAUCAGAAAUACCUCCGAUGACUAAUGGUUCAAAGACAAAGUCAUUUCCUUUAAGUUCGCCACCAAUAUCUACUUAUAAUCAACAACUCUGGCUUACCUGUACAGUGCACUUGGAGCAACCUUCUGAUAACAAAUUGGAUAGCUUGAAAAUUAGCUUUAUUAUGUCAGUUACAAUACGUGGUGUACUAAAGAAUGGAAGUGUACGUUACUAUAAUAAAGAAACUCACAACCGGACAAGGAUAUUCAACUGUGCUAAGGAUUGUGAUGAAAUUAUUGUGGUUCAUCUUGGUUAUUUGAAUUUCACUCGUUAUAACAUUGUUGUUACCUUUAACAAGUUUCCUGAGAUCUACCACCUCAAGAGUUACAACUUCACGUGGAAAACUUAUAACCCAGCUUUCUCCCAGGUGGAAAUCUGGUUCCGAUUUGUCUUUGUGGUUCUUACUUUUAUAGUCACAUGUCUUUUUGCUCACUCCCUGCGCAAGUUCUCCAUGCGAGAUUGGGGGAUAGAGCAGAAGUGGAUGUCAAUCCUCCUCCCCCUGCUAUUACUUUAUAAUGACCCAUUUUUCCCCCUCUCAUUCCUAAUCAACAGCUGGUUUCCUGGAAUGCUAGAUGACCUCUUUCAGUCUUUGUUCUUGUGUGCCUUGCUGCUGUUCUGGCUUUGUGUCUACCACGGGAUCAGAGUACAGGGAGAAAGAAAAUGCAUGACCUUUUAUUUUCCCAAAUUCCUUAUCGUUGGUCUCCUGUGGCUGGCUUCUGUUACGCUAGGCAUAUGGCAGACGGUCAAUGAACUACAUGAUCCAACAUACCAAUAUGAGACUGACACAAAUAACUUUCAGGGGAUGAAAAUCUUCUUCGUUGUGGUGGCGACAGUCUACAUUUUGUACCUUUUAUUUCUAAUAAUCCGGGCGUGCUCGGAGCUUCGGAAUAUGCCCUAUGUUGAUCUCAGGUUGAAAUUCUUGACUGCGCUGACAUUCAUAGUGCUUAUCAUUAGCAUUGCUACAUUUUAUUUGCGUUUUGGAGCACAGGUUCUUCAGGACAAUUUUGUGGCUGAGCUUUCAACCCAUUAUCAUAAUUCUGCAGAAUUCUUAUCAUUCUAUGGCUUAUUAAAUUUCUAUCUAUACACGUUAGCCUUUGUGUAUUCACCAUCAAAAAAUGCCCUGUAUGAAUCUCAGUUGAAAGACAACCCAGCCUUUUCCAUGUUGAAUGAUUCCGAUGACGAUGUUAUCUAUGGGAGUGACUAUGAAGAAAUGCCACUUCAGAAUGGCCGGGCUAUCAGAGCCAAAUUCAAAGAGGAAUCGGACAGUGAUUAAAUUUGCACAGGAACAGCCAAGAAUAUGGAACAAGAGUAAUGUUAUAUUUCCUAUAGUCAAGUGAACCUUGCUUUUGGUGGAAGUAUGUCCUUUAUUCCAGUCAUUUUCUGUUUACAAAUCUAAAAUGGAUGGGAGUGAGAAAUGAAUGUUUAGUAACAUUUAUUUUUAAGAAACUUGUGGUUUAUCCACUCCCCUCUUGUAAAACUCAGUAGCAACAGGAUGCAUUCAUGGAUGGAAUGCUGUGGAAUCAGAUUAUUAAAUCAAUAUGUUUUUUGGGUGGAGUCUUAGCUUAUUAUGGAUUAACAACUGAAUACCGGAUUUCCUAAUUCCUUCAUUAUUAAUAUAAGAGAAUAUUUGGAGCUCAGGGUUGAACUGUGGAGUCUUUGAUGCUCUCUGAGCUUGGUUUUUUCCUUGAAGACAUUUCUUUGCCCAAUUAGAUAAUAUGUUCAGUGCUAAAAGGGAGUGGUGUUUGUUCUGUUUAUAUAUGGCUUGCCCUGUCAGUGUUGCUGGGAAUGUUUUUGUUUUUUUUUAUUGUUCCUUGAUUAGGCUGUUUUAAUUACUAUGCUUCAUUACUAUUUAUGACUGUGCUUCGUUACUAUUUAAAUGGCGGCAAUACUUUGCGUUUUAAAAAUGCUGAAGUAAAUUAUCUUGUUAUUGCAUAUUGAGCAUCAGGACAAUGCACCAUGUCCCAACGUCUAUAGAUUCCAAAGUUAAGUAGAAAUUGGUCUUCUUGGCUCUCGAGAAAAGAGCAGAAUAUUACCACAGGCAGAGAUGACAUAUUACGGAACUCCCAAUAAUAAUUCAGUACAUAACCAGUGUCUUGAAUUCAUAAAAUUUAUCCUGUUGUUUUCUGUUGUGGACAAUUGAUUACCACAGCAGCUCAUUCUUUCUGAGACACUAGUAUAGUUGUGUUGUUUUAGAAAACAAAACAAAUUGAGAGAAGGGAUUAUUUGAAAGCUGAUUUAUCUUAAAAUAAUGCUAACAUUUAAAUGCAUGGCAAUUUUGAAUUCAAAGCAAAGCCUUCUGCUGAUGCUAGUAUUUUUUAAGGGAACAUAUACUUCAAUCACAUACUCUACUUCAGAAAAAUGUUCUGAAUAUUUUGAUAAAUUGAACAUUAUUAAGUAGUGUAGUUUAGAAACACACAGUAAAUGUUAAGUAUGAUGACUAGUAAAAUGAGCACUUGCUCAUUUUAUAACCUGGCAGGAUCCAAAAUGGUGGUUGAUUUGUUUUUAUUGGAUGAACACUCCUUUGGCAGAGUUAGGUAGAACUUUCAGAUUUGCACAGAAACAAAUUCAUUCAGAUUACAAAACUCUGGAAGAAUUAUAUGAAUAAAAUAUGGUCAAAUAACAUUUUCUUAGAAUUGCUUUCGCUUCAUGGCUAUUUUAUGCGCGGGCUAUAAUACAGAGUACAAUUGUUCCUAUUGUACAUAUAGAAUAGGAAUGAAGAGCUCUGCAGCAAACAGCAAGUGCCUGGGGAUUGUGAUGUGAUUUCUUGAUUUGAAUUGCAAGUAUCUUGAAUGGUAUUUCUCAGACUUUUUUAAUCUCAUCUCCUAACAUAAAUAAAAUAACCUCUUCUACAACUUUCUGAUCCUUGUUAGAAAAAGAAAUUACUGAACUUCAGUGUGCUAACUGGAAUGAGGAUACCAGUUAACAGUGCACUAAAAAUACCUUUUAGUCUUACAUCUAGACCGAUUCUGUGAAUUAAUUUCAUCUGAUUAACUUUAUGGGAUAACCUUCUAUUUUAAUUAACCUUCUAUUUUCUGUGCUUUCAUAGUACAUCUUCCUCCUUCUCAUUCACUCCAGUAACCUUCUUAAACACAUGAAGCUCUUAUAACCUGUGAAAUAAAACCUGAAUGAUACAUAAGAAUUAAAGCACAGUUUAAAUUACAGGUAAAAUUAAAUGUGUUUCCAAUGUUCACGUUUGAGUCAUUUCUUACUUUAGGUCUUGUUCUAAGUUUAAGCUUCAGGAGCAGCCUAAUUAUUUAAUUCCAGGACCUCAAUUAAAAAGCACUUCAUUUUGUGCUGAGGGGAGACAGUAUUCUCAGCUCUAUCACAUGCAAAUCUGAUGAUCCUUCAAUGCAUGCAAGAAAUUAUAGUAAGGAGAUGCUUAAUAGGCAUGCAGGGACUGGAUCCCAGACAUACCCAAGAAUGUAAUAAAAACUGAAAUAACCCAAACCCAUUAAUACAAUGAUAAACUCAUUUUUGUAAGUUACUCAAAACAGAUACCUAAAAAAGAUGAUGUGUGGGUUGCAGUUCAAUGUCCCACAUGUAAAAUUAUGUGAUCACCACAGUUCUCUACUGUAUAUUACUGUAAAUCAUGUCUUUGGUAUAUGUGAAAGAUCCAGUUUUCCUUUGUGAUAAUAUUUUAAGUAUGCCAAGCUUAUAGUGUAAAACGAUAAGACAGAAUAUCUUCCUCUAAUUUUUUUGUAUUGCUUACUCAUGAAAAGUUGUUGAAGUAUAUGUUGUUUUAUGUUAUUUUGAGUUGCUUUUCUAAGGUUUGCAUUCAAUUUGUGCAAAAGUAUAAAAGAAAAUCUGUUCCUUCUUCUGUAUCCCAGCUUUGCUGUUGAGGUUUCCUUAAUCUCUCUGGGCCCAUUGGAAGUUGAUGACAGGGUAAACUAGAGUAGACUCUUCCAGCGAUAUCUUGCUGACAAAUAGCAUUAGAUUCAACACUAAGAUGUCCAAGUUUUAUUUAAUGAGGUUCGCAAGUUAUUUUAUCCUGAAUUCAUUUAUGUUUCUCUAGAACUGUAUAUUCAGUUCAAUGCCCCUGAAGUUCAUUUGACCUUGGGAAUUUCAGGUGGCUUUUUUACCUAGUAAUGUAGCUGUAAGCAGAAUAUCACUGAACUUGCCUGCACCACUUCAGCCAGUUGAAAAUGUCUAGCAAAUAUACUAUCUCCUAAACGUUUUGAUCUUUUUUCCUAUUUGCAAAAUGUUUGUCUGACCUUUGAUAUUUUUAGUACACAAUUAAAACUUAUCCAUCCUGAAUUUAUUACUUUAAGGAGACAUUGUCAGCAAGAAAAUCGAGCACUUUCUUAAAUCUCUAUGAGGGAUUAGAAUUGUGGUAGCUUUCAACUUAAUACUAUUCAUUUAAUGACUAUUCAAAAUUACGACAGCACUAAAAAGCUACGACUGGUCCUUGCACUUAGCAACUGUUGCAGUGAUCACAAUUUGCAGCAGCCAGUUUGCAACAAGCAAAGCCAAUGGAAGCUGGAUUCCCUUAACAACUGCAUGAUUCACUUAACAUCCAGAUUCCCUUAACUACGGCAGCAAAAAA